AUGGCGGCGGCUGUGGCCCAGCAGCCACACCUCUCCUCUGCUGCUACUGCCACCACUACUGUUACUACUGGUGCUUCUGGUGGCGGCCGCAGCCGUGGUUUCGGCGGGCUGGAGGCCACCCUGGACAAGAAGCUACUGACCGUCUCCAACACGAUGGACAGCAUCCAGGGCCUGUCCUCCUGGAUCCUGGACAACAAGAAGCACUACACCUCCAUCGUCAGGCACUGGAUGAAGUGCAUGAGGAAAUCUUCAAUCACCCAUCGAUUGAACCUGUUCUAUGUUGCCAACGAUGUUAUUCAGAAUUGCAAAAGGAAAAAUGCGAUUAUAUUUCGGGAUGCUUUUUCAGAGGUCCUAGUAGAAGCAGGUGCACUGGUGAGGGAUCCUUCUAUUCGAAAAUCAGUGGACCGGAUAUUUACAAUAUGGGAACAGAGGAGUGUCUAUCCUGAGGAACUGAUUGUGGAUCUCCGUGCUGCUCUCGUUGGACGAAAGACAACUGACUUCACAAAAGUGAAACCAGUGAGCAAUAAAACAAGAGUUGUCGUGAAGUCCAAGAUACUUGCUGAAUUCAGGCCUCCGGCUCUGAUUGAUCAGCUGGGAUCAUAUAAACAAGCUGAGGACGAGCGCGAGUUCAAAGAGAAACAGCUCGGGGCCCUCCGCGUGGAUGUCUGCAGCACAGAGACCUUGAAACGACUAAAAGGUACAGCUCUGAACAAUCGAGCUGGGGGGAAACGAUUUUCCAAAGAUUUUGAGGAAUCCAGUUCCAAAUUGGAAGAUUUCUGUGCAGAGCUGGAGAGGGAAGUGAAGAAGACCCCGCCGUUAAUCGAAGCUCUGGAGAAUGCAGAAAUCUUCUACGAGGCUCAGUACAAGGAGGUGAAGAUUGUUGCAAAUGCAUACAAGACAUUUGCCAACAGAGUCAACAAUUUGAAGAAGAAGCUGGACCAGCUGAAGACCACCCUCCCAGAUCCUGAUGAGUCGCCCAUUCCCUCCCCGUGCAUGGACGCUCCGUCGCCCACGGGCUCCGAGUCUCCCGUUCGGCCCGUGGAGGAGGUUGACCCGGUGCCGGUGAAGAAGGCGGAGGAGAGCCCCGUGCCGCCAACUGUGCCGGAAGCUUCAGGUGAUAACUGUGACGUUGAGGACAUGGAGCUUUCAGACGACGAAGCUGCCGGAACAACCAGCAUCAUAGCAGUGGAAAGAGAGGAGAAGAAGGAGGAAUCCAGUCCAAGCGUCACGGCUGCGAGUCCCAGCCCGAGCCCCCAGCCCGAGAAGUUGUCCGCCCAGGCCGAGAGCACACAGGCAAAGAGCAGCUCCAUCACACCACCCCUGGGCCUCCCGAACCUGGCCAAUAUCGACUUGGGCAAGAUUAGUUCAAUCCUCAGCAGCCUGACGACGGCCAUGAAGAACACAGUCAGCCCAGUGCUUGUCCAAACGCCGGCGCUCGCUGUAACGUCAGCGGCUUCCCCCGGGGUACAGCUCGCCGUGGGCCAAAAGACCCCCGUUCAGAAGCCGCCGCCGCUCCCCCCCAACCCUCUGGCGAGCAUCAUGUCGAAGAUCGAGCUGACUCCCGAGAGCAUCCUGUCGGCACUCAACAAGACCCAGGGCCCUUCUGCUCCAGCACUGCAAGGUCUCUCAUCGUUGCUUCAGAGCGUAACAGGCAACACUUCUGUCCCAUCCAGCGGUGCAAAUCAAAGCAUAUCGACCCCCACAGCGGCAAGCGUCACCAGUCCAUUGGACAAAAACCCUCCCGUUAAUUCCACCGCUCAGGCUGCCAUACAAGGGCUCGUCGGUUGCUCUCCAAAUUCGCCGGCGUCCGAAGUUUCCUCUGCCUCCUCGGUCACCUCUGCCCCGGUCAACCAUAGUCCCGCUCUGCCCAACACCAGCCUGAAGGCGCCGGCCAGCAGCAAGGUACUCGACGGUUCCCUUCGCAACGCCGCCUCUUCGCCGAGGGGAAGCGCGAGCAGAGAGAAGGCGCCGUCCGCCCAGGUGGCGAAGGCGGGAUCGGAGGCGGCGAAGGCGAAGGCAGAGGCCGCAGUGCGGGCCCCCUCUCCGUCAAGUCUGGAGCUGAAAAUCCACAACUUUCUGAAGGUCAAUCCGGGCUUUAAGGCCUUGGAUCUGAACAUCCCUCUCCUGAGCAACUUGGGUUCGAGCGACUCCAAGGGUCUCUUGCAGCCCUCCGAGGGGGCCCGUAACCCCAGCAGCAACAUUCUAGACAACCAGGACGGAACGCCAGUCAGAGACGAGCGUGGUGGAACUCCGACCCAGGACGAAAUCAUGGACAAGCCAGCAACAGUAGGGGCUAUCGAUCCAAUGUCCCUGCUGUCCAAGCUGAUCAGCCCACCCUCCUCAUCAACCAGUAGCACAAUCUCCCCCCCACUCUCCAUGACACAGAACAUGGAUUCUGGCUACUCGGAGAUUUCCAACACAGUGCCUUCUUACCAAAGCGAUGCUUCAUAUAACCGGGGAAGGAGUUCCUUCCCUUCCUCGUACAAACCCUCAGAGAUGUGGGAAGAAUCUUCCCCCCACAGCGACUCUCCCCAAGAACAGUUUUACGCGGGGGAAUCCUGUACUGAUUUUGAUUUCGCUGGACCAUCGCUUUCCAAUUUGUUGAAACAGCCCACAAAAUCUAUCCUCAAGUCCAACAAGUCGGGCGAUCAGAUGCAGAGUCCCAAUGAAUAUCAGUCCAUCUCUGCCAGCUACAGUCGUCUAAAGUCUGCCUUCUCCAAGCCCAUGAAAUCCAUCCUUAAAAAGCAGGAAGGUUACGGCAGUAGGUCAAAUAGCAGCAAGGGGUACAGGGAAGAUGACCAGGGGAUUGACCGUGAGAAUCUCCCCUCGCCGGGUCUGGGUCAGAACAAUCCGUUCUUUCGCUCAGAGUCCAACAACAUCAUCUUGCAGCCCACCUUCUCUGACAUGUCGCGCGCAGGCCCGCUGCAGAAAGCGUUCUCCGACUCGCUGUGUUCCACCCCGUCCCGGCCGUCCCCCUCUCCGCAAGGUGCCGCGUCCGGGCCCUUCAUCCGCGCGCCCGCCCCCGCCAUCGACAAAGCCGUGGCCCUGGGCUCCCCCGUGUCCGCCACCUCCACCAUCGAGUUCAAGAACAUGUUAAAGAACGCCUCGCGCAGGCCGGCCGACGACAAGCCCGCCGAGACCGCCAUCAGUCCGGCUCCUGGGGCGGAGAAGGGCAACGCGCCGAUGUUCGGCCAGUCGGGGGCGACGGAGAGCGCCGACGGAGAGCAGCACUGUAUCGAGACUCGUAUCUCCACCUCCAAUUUACCCGAGAACAUGGAGGAGAAAGGAGCCCCCAUAGAGACACUAGGCUCCAGCACCCCGUCUGUUGGCAGGGUGAUGAUUGGCGAGCCCAUCCAGACACUAGACUCCAGCCGUGGCUCGGGCAAGGGCAGCAUGAGCCAUGGAAGAGGGGGGUCCCGGGGCAGCUGGUUUGAGCCCAGCGAAAGCAUCUCCGACUUUGACGAUGAUUCCUCCUCCAUCGAAGUUUCCGAGAUGACUCUGGGGGUCCCGCCCAGCUUUCGGAGUCAGUUUGAGGAGCGCAGGCUCCAGUUCUCUGACACGCCGGGCGGCUAUCGGUCCAACAGCUACGGCAACCCCUUCGAGCGGCAGACUGGACACCCGCCCUCCUCGCGGCACGACCACCACGGCCCACCCCCGGUCCCCAGCCGGGACCACAUCGGACACCCGCCCGGACCCCCUCCGGAUCACGUCCUCCCCCAGGAUCACAUCGGGCCUCCUCCCGUCCCCAUGCGGGAUAUCGGCCUGCCGCCCCGCGACCACAUGGGCCUGCCCACGGGCCCUCCGCCCGAUAGGUUAGGCCCUCCCGUCCCACCCCAGGAGCACAUGGGCGGCUCGUCGGGCUCCCUCCGAGACCACGGCUCCUUCCCUGGUUCUUCUCAGGACCACAGUGGCGAGAAAAUUGGGCCGCCAAGGGACCAUGUUGGGCCACCGUCUGCCAGCUCCGUUGACCACAUCGCCCCGCCCCCUGACCGCUUUGGACCUCCGAGGGACCACCUUGGACCUCCUCCACCUGGCCCCCCAGUCCCCCCUCCCGGCCCCCCUCCUCUAGACCACCUGGGGCCGCCACCUGGCCCCCCACCCCGGGAUCACAUGGGGCCCCCUCCCAUCCUCCCUCCUGGGCCCCCACCACGAGAGCAUCUCGGCCCCCCGCCUCCCGUCCCACCCCCUGGACCACCACCCAGGGAUCAACUGGUCCACCCGCCACAGGACCUCCUGGGUCCGCUCCCCGGCUCUCCCAGGGACCUCCUCGGCCCGUUGGCCGGGCCACCCCGAGAACUCCUCGGCCUGCUCCCCUGCCCACCGAGGGAUUUCCUCAGCUUGGCCGGCAGGCCCCCAUUGCAGAGGUCUCCGCGCGAUUACUACGGGCCUCCCUUUGGAAGCCAGCAGGACUACGGUGGCUCGGGUAGGUUCCUCCACAGAGACUUCAGAGGAUCCUUCAGGCCACGGGAAACGUUUCAGAGCGGGAAGCGGCCCGCCCUGUCUUUCGGAAGCCCCCCCUUUGCCACUGCCCCCAAAAGACCUUACAUGCCACCUCGGUAUUGAACGGGACAAAUGUGACCCUUGAGUAUCGGGGGUUGCGUGACACUCGCUCAUCUCUGACCCUUGCUCGAUGAGCAGUAACGUGGUCACCGUGGCAUAAGUUCAGCACGAGGUCACCUACAUGUCUUGUGUGUGUGUGUGUGUGUGUCCCCCUCCCCUUCUGGUUCCUAUCUGAUUCUUUCACCUGCUUUCUCCAAACUUGACCUGCUGUGCAAGGUCAAAGAUACGUUGAGGUUAACACUUCACUGCAGGGUCAUCACAAACUCCAAAAUGUUUUCAAACUGAAACCCUGCACAGAAAUCUCACUUGGAACGAGGCGACCACUUUUACACAUAUCAUUGCAGAAAUAAUUAUAAAUACAGUCUUAGACUGUAAAUUCUUUAAAAAAAAAAACCCUUAGUGACUUUGUGUUUUUAAAUUGCAGUUUUACUUUUGUACCAGUCAUUGGCAGAGAGACAA